UGUGAGGGCUCGUUAUCUCCGCCUGCUGACUAACCCGAAUGAGUGUCCAUAGAAGGAAACGUUGCCGGAGCGCGCCGUGCGUUUCAGAGCAUGACGAAUUGACCGGACGGUUGGCCGCUAACCCACGAUUCAUUAUUCAAGGGUCAAAACAGCGUCUGGGUACUGGGUUUCUGGGCCCAAAUACCUCAAAAGUUUUGUUCAUUAAGAGGGAAAUAGUAAAUUUCCGUUGCCUCAUUUGUCAUUGAGUCGCGGUAGGCUACAUCAACAAGAUGGAUCUGGAAUAUCACACACCGCUUCGCACCCAAAUUUUCCCACCAAGGAGUUAAGCGGUUCAAGGUUGGGUAAUGUUGAUGUGGCUUUGUGCCUCUGCUCUGACUAACGUGGCAGAGCAACUUCGUCAUGUUCAUUCAUUAUUUUGCUAAAUGUUAUGUCUACCAGAUCUUUGUCAGAAAUUAUGUUGCAAUUAUUAUCCACUAGCCGGUAUUGAAUGUCUCACAGUUUGGAACAGGAGUUCAAAUUAACUCUUCAAACUGUAAUAAUGCGCAACCUAUUUAACUUGCACAUAAAAGGUCUGUAUUAUUUUGUAUCUGCAUGUCUGAACUCAGCUCUUGUUUCUGUUAUCUAUUUCAGGAAGAUACUCAACAUUCUCAUCAGAGGGAGGAGGGCUAGAUUUGUUUUGACAGUCGACCGCCAUACACGGCGACUGAUUAGGAGGCGCGGCGUUUGAGUGCAUGCCAGCGGUAAUGAGGGGCAUGGAGAUGUUGCGCCGCUCGUCUGUGUUCGCGGCUGAAGUGAUGGAAGUAUUCGACCGCUCGCCCACAGACAAGGAACUCGUGUCGCAGUCCAAGGCCUUAUGCAGGGACUACAUCCACUCUCGGUUGAACCGAUCGGGAAUAGGAUGGUCAAAGCCUGAGCACGGACUGUCGGCAUCGGGGGGCACGCUUGGAGAGGUGUCCUUAGUGCUCCUCUGGCUGGGUGACGAGUUGGAAUACCUCCGGCCCAACAUUUACCGAAAUGUAGCCCGCCAGUUGAACAUCACGGUGGCGUCUGAGAGCGUGGUGUCGGACGCCUUCCUGGCAGUGGCUGCUGACAUUUUCUCCACAGGUGUGACGUGGGGGAAGGUGGUGUCUCUGUAUGCUGUAGCGGGGGCGCUGGCAGUGGACUGCGUGCGUCACGGCCACCCUGCCAUGGUGCACACCAUCGUGGACUGCAUGGGAGAGUUUGUCCGCAAGAGCUUGGUGACCUGGCUCAAGAGGAGAGGGGGCUGGGUGCGACCACAGGAACAAUCACAACAUGUUUACAUAAUCAGCAGAUGCUUUUAUCCAAAGGCUGACGUGACCAAAUGUGUGGUGAACACAGACUCCAGCUUCCGGUCCCAUUGGCUGGUGUCAGCGGCAUGCGUAUGUGGACACUACCUGCAGGCUGUGGUUUUCUAUCUGCUGCGGGACAAAUAAGGGGGUGUGGCCACUCCAAGGACUGUCUCCCCCCUAUCCAGCUGAGGACCGCCCCCUGCCUCCUCUCAGCCAACCACGGCUGUGUUUACGCCUGCUUGAGUUUGCACUGAGCCUCCGAGAUCCCCACUCACCUGUAGGACCACCACCCUCUCACCUGUAGGACCACCACCCUCUCACCUGUAGGACCACCACCCUCUCACCUGUAGGACCACCACCUUCUCACCUGUAGGACCACCACCCUCUCACCUGUAGGACCACCACCCUCUCACCUGUAGGACCACCACCCUCUCACCUGUAGGACCACCACCCUCUCACCUGUGCAUGUAGCUUCCAUGAUACAGUUCAGUCACAUGCAUUCCAGUUCAAAUGUCAUCAAGGUAUUUGACUCCUUUGCAAGAGUCCUGAGAGAGUGAGUAUUUGAGUCAUUCAGAGUUACAGGAGUAAUGCCCCAUGGACAAUAUUCUAAUGUGAGAAAAUUAAAGUUAAAGAAUAUCAUUACUGGUGAACAAAUAACUGGUGAAUAAUUUCAAAUGAAUGAGAUCCAGUUUGGGAAAGAGAUCUGCUGCCCCCUUGUGUUUGUAGAUCAGAAUGAACCGAGCGAACUAUUUUUCAUUGGGUGGUCUAUUAUAAGCCAGUACAAAGUAUUACAAUCCAACACUGCAAAUGUAAAUUGCACAGAUCGUGUGAGUGUGUGUGAGCGAGAGAAGAAAGUUAGACAGACAUUUUUUGUGUGAGGACGUGUCAGCGAGACUUUGACCUUUUGUACAAUUAGCAACUAAACAAUGUCACGUUCUUUAUCGUUAUUUUGUCUUUGUUUUUAUUAUUAAUAAAAUGUAUGUUAAUACCUACACCUGAUGUUUGGCAUGCAGCACAGUGUCUCCUCUAGAAAUAAACGACUUAAACGCUU